UCGCCCACAGUUGAAUUGCGAGAGACAUUUGCUUUGGAUGACCACAACUGAAGCAUCUUUUCACGAAGCACAAGAAGAUAAAAACAGAGGAAACGAACAUUUUCGCAACAAACAGUACGAGGAAGCUUGUGAAUGUUAUACGUUGGCGCUAAGUAAGCCAUUGAAUGAUGCAGAUCGUGCAGCUUGUUUUGCCAAUAGAGCUGCAGCAAAACUAAAGUUAGAGGAUUAUGAGGGAGCGUUGGAGGAUUGUUCAGAAGCCUUGAAUUUGGACGAAAACUACUGGAAAGCGUUGUAUCGAAGGGAACAGUGCUAUUUGAAGUUGGGUCGUUAUGAGGAAGCAUUGAAAGAUGCAAAGACCUUGAAAGAAGCACGACAGAUCUCAUCUGAAGAAGUACAACAUAUAGAACAGUUGAAAGAACGUGAAGAGGAACGUCGUAAAGAAGAAGCUAUUACCAAAUUAAAGGAAGUUGGGAAUAGCGUAUUGGGCUAUUUUGGUCUUAGUGUUGACAACUUCAAGUUAGAUAAGGAUCCUACGACAGGUUCGUACAAUAUAAGACUGGAAAAGUAAAAUUUUUUUACAUCUAUAUUAUAAAUAUACA